UAAGAUGGAAUACAAAUUGAAAACAUUAGUCUACUUAAUUUGUGAUAAUAAGUUCAGCUGCUGGCUUAAAAACAUGAGUUAAUGUAACUUAUUAUUAUUUUCCAUUGAGAGCAUCUUGUUUAUUUGGUUGUUUGUGUUUUUACAUCAUUAAUAUUGCAAAUAUUCAAAUUCUGGGCUUGAGUUUCUCUUCCGUAACUACACAGUGCCCCUUUAAUGACCCUACACAGGAGCAAAUCAGUUGAAGGCAUGUUUGUCCAGGGCUGACUGCUAGUGCUAUUCUUGUUUACAGUAUAUAACAAUAUAUUAUUAUUCUAUUUUCUCUGCAAGUCCAUAGUUUCUGGCAUUAGUUUCAUUUCAUCCAGGAUGCAACUGCCAUAAUGAUAGCAAAGACACACCACUUCACUCUGACACAACCAGCAGCUGUUGGAAUUUAGAUACGUGUUUCUCAGAAGCAGCAUUAAACAGUCACACCCCGUGAGCUGAUUCCUAAGUUUCGUUUUCGCCGCAGUCACUUUCGUUUUCCCUUCACUGUCCAAGUUCCUGCAAGGCAGCCCGGACCAGUUACUCUAGCCAGGCAGCCAGACCAGACCGGAAACUGAUCACAACAAAUCUCGUGUGACAGAUGGCGAGGCGCGCGAUAUCUCUUCUCCCCCAGUGGUCUUCUCGUGUGUUUUCUCUGGAGCUGGACGGAGCCUCCUUCUACUUCUCCCUCCAAGAGAAGCACCGGGGAGGAGGAGAGGUGCCGCGGGUGUUCCGAGGGGUCCAGCCCUGCGACAGGUGCUACUCCGUCCUCGUCUGCAGCAGCGACCGGAUCAGACAAGCCAAGUUUUACUGGGAGCUGAAGGACAAACUGCUGAGAGACCUGCCUCCGGACUGCGACGUGUCCCCUAUGUCCUCAUUCCUGCCAAAUGUCAAGGACUCUCUGAUCAGCGGCUUCUUCCUAAAAGACUCCUCUCAGAGCUCAGAUAGACUUCUGCGAGACUUAAUCCGGCACGACCCGGUGCUCGUGUGCUCGUACCUGAGAGGUGGCGACGGCCAGCUGUGGACUCAACAUCUGUGGUCUGGUCCGGACAGCCAGAGGUCACAGCAGCAGUACUACGUGGUUCCGUCAGAAGCGCCAGAAUGUCACCCAGCCACCCUCAACAUCAUCAACUCUGACGUGUUCUACAGCUUCGAGGAGGCCCGUGAAGUGAUGAGAAAGUGCGGUGACAUCAUCCCAGAGGCAGCGUCUGUUAUGGAGCUGCUGCCCAGCAGAGCGGAGGCCAGAGGCAAACCAGACUUCCCUGUUAUUGUCAUAGAGGGCCUGGAUGCCACAGGUAAGACCACUCUGACUGAGUCUCUGAGGGAUUCUCUAGGGGCCACUCUUCUGCGGUCCCCUCCCCAGUGCCUGUCCCCCUUGAGGGCCCGCUUUGAUCGGGAGCCGCCCCUCAUCCGCAGGGCCUUCUACGCUCUGGGGAACUACAUCACAGCGGAGCAAGUCAGCCAGCAGGGCAUGAAGACACCUGUCAUCGUUGACAGAUUCUGGCACAGCACAGCAGCCUACGCCAUCGCCACGGCAGUGAGCGGUCCGGUGUGCAACCUUCCGGCGGAGGGCUCGGAGGUGUACCGCUGGCCCAGUGACCUGCUCCAGCCCAGCCUGGUGGUCGUGCUCACCCUGGACCCCGAGGAGAGGAGGAGGAGGCUGAGGGACAGAGGUCAAGGAAAGACCGAGGAGGAGCAGGAGCUGGACCACAACCAGCUUUUCAGACUCAAAGUGGAGGAGGCUUACCGGAGGAUCAGCGGCCCAGCUUGUGUCACCGUGGAUGCUGGUCCCUCUGCAGACCAAGUGCUCCAACAAGUGCAGCUUUUAAUUAGGGGCAAAUGCCACUUGUAAGCAGUUCUCCAUCUCCCCUGCUGUCAGCCGAGCAUCAAGUGGACGCAGUGCCUCCUCACGCCACUGGGUGCCAGUAAGGUGUCGUGAAUGUGGGUAGGAAUGGUGGCCGGAUUGGAGUUUCUAUUCAGAAUGAGUAAAGGUUGAAUGGCCAGGGGCCAGAACUGCAUGCUACAAUCAGAAAUACAUAUUCAUGCAGACACACAGAUUCUGAGACACACACACACACACACACACACACACACAAGUACUGUCAGGAAGAAGUAUGCAUUUAACUGCUGUGAUGACCUCUCAGAAAUCAGACGCAGCGUAGCCCUUCAGACACAGUGUAGCUGCACUUAUUGACUCGUAUCUGGGCCGACACUGAGGAAAUGGACAGAAACAUUUGUAUAAGCACCACUCAGCUAGAUUUCCUUUAAGCACACAAACAUCCCGAUCUGAAAAUAUACAGCAGAGAAUGAAGACAUUGAAAGCAAAGAUAGGAUCCAACUGUCAUUCAGAUAAGAUACUUUUAAUUUGUUAAAAGAAAAUGUUUCAUGUUAAGACAGUGACUGUAAAUAUGUUUGUCUGAGAGAUGAUGUCUUACACAAGCCUGACAAAGUUGUCUGUGUUACGAGCUGUGGGGAUGUACCAGCAUGUUUGUGUUCUAGCUUGCUUAUGUAAGUGCAUAUGAACUCUCUGUGAACACAUUGUUUAGCUUUUUACAAAAAAAGCAGUGUACAGCAGCAGAUGGCAGAUCCCUUUAGUUCUGUGCCUCUAAAACUGUAUUCCCUUAAGACGCUGAAUAAAGUUCAUGACCCCCCACCCUCAAUUUUUAGUUUUUUAACUGGUUUUGCACCGGCUAGGCUUGGGGAAUAAAUUAUAAUCCAAAGAUAAAUAAAUAAACUAACUUCCUUCGUUUUCUUGACUUAAUAAACUAAUUGACUUUAAAGGACAA